AUCUUCCCUUUUCGUCGUUGCUGUUCGGCUUCGUUGCUUCGCGCGCAGGAGGUCUAGAGAUUGCACGAGUCGCUUCUUCGGCUCCUUCGUGGCUGUUCGACUUCGCUCCUUUGACGACUUUCCCUUCCUGUCGGAUAGGAAGUUACGACAUUUUGAUCGGAAGCAACAACGGGAGCUCGCUGGCUGUGAAGGUAACUUUCUCCCUUUCGCGCGCUUCAUCGGCCAAAUCCCAUAAAUCCGGCGAACCGAGGGAUUUAGUAAAUCUGGCAUUUAAGCCGUAAAUCCUUAAAUCCGGGAUUUACCCAUCGCCGGGAUUUAGCGCGCGCACAAAAACCGUUUGGCUGGGUUUAGCUUAAAUCUGACUUAAAUCCCGCUGUAAAUCCGAUACCAAACAGCCCCUUAAUCGCUCCAUUUCUAAUAUCUUCCCUCUGUUCCCAAACUCCUUCCGGCGGCUCUACUAUCCAUGCCCUACUUUUCCGCACGCGCGUCCCUCCUCCCCGCAACGCCAAGCUCGCACUCCGGAACUCCGGCCAACCUCUCGAUCUUCUUCAUUUGGCCAGCCUCUCUUCUCCAGCCGCUGUAAUGUCGCUGCCUCCGGUUCCCUAGCUCGCGUGAAUAGCAGCUUCGAUCAAGGAAAAUGUUGUAACACAGUCAAGCUUUGUUCUCACCGUGCACUCAUCUCAGCUUUCAUGAGCCUUCGACAUCAAUUAUUUAUGGGAACUUCAAAGACUGAGAAUCUUAAUCUCAAAUCUAGAAAACAUCAGCGAGAUAAAAAGGGAGAAGCACCAUAUUAUGCUUUCUUCUCUUUGGAAAAGAGGAUCUUUGCCUUUUGCCUAGCAUUCCGGGCUCUCAAUUCCCUUUUGGUGCAGACGUACUUCAAUCCCGAUGAACACUGGCAGGCCCUUGAAGUAGCCCAUCAGAUGGUAUUUGGUUAUGGACACCUCACAUGGGAGUGGAAGAAGGGGAUACGCAGCUAUCUUCACCCUUUGGUGUUCGCUCUGCUUUAUAAAGUCAUGGCCAUCCUUCGAUUGGAUACUCCAUGGUUUAUGAUGAAGGCUCCGCGGUUUAUGCAGUCAAUGAUUUCUUCUGUUGGAGACCUUUACCUAUACAAGCUUUCCCGAAUAGUCUUCAGCCACCGGGUUGCAAAAUUUGCUCUAUUUUCUCAAUUAUCAAACUGGUUCAUGUUCUUCUGCAUGCCACGGACAUUAUCAAAUAGUUUGGAAACUGUAUUAACUAUUAUAGGCCUCUAUUAUUGGAUUUCUUUCCUUGGUAUUUCUAAGCAUUAUGUGCCAUUCACUUCAAGGAAGAUAGCUUUGUUUAUAUCAGCACUAGCUUGUGCGAUCCGACCUACAAGUGCUAUAAUAUGGAUUUAUGUUGGAAUUUUUGAUAUUUUGGGAAUACAAAAGAAGCUCAGAUUCUUAUUUCUUGAGGUACUAUUCAUAGGGAUUUUUGUGUUUGCACUCACUUGUCUACUAGAUUGGUGGAUGUAUGGGUCUUGGACCUUCGUGGCAAUUAAUUUUAUCAGGUUCAAUUUUUUUUCAUCUGGAGGGGAUUAUUAUGGAACCCAUGUUUGGCAUUGGUACUUCUCCCAGGGCUUCCCAGCAAUGAUUUUCACUUUCUUGCCGUAUUCUUUAUUAGGCAUAUUCAAGUCGAAAGAAUGGAGGCUUUCUGGCCUUAUUGCCUGGGUUUUAGGGAUCUACAGUAUGCUUGGUCAUAAGGAAUUUCGGUUUGUCUUGCCAGUACUUCCAAUAUCUUUAAUGUUCUCAGGCUAUUCAUUGGCAGCAUUAUCACAAUCCAAGCCUUCUCGCCGUGAAAAGGGGAGAUUUUUAGGCAUGAGAUGUACUUCAAGAAUACAACUGAGCAUUUUAUUCCUUAUUGCAACUAAUAUUCCAAUGGCAUUAUAUAUGAGUCUAGUACACCAGAGGGGAAGUGAAGAUGUGAUGUACUAUCUAUCUAAAGAGGCAAAAGAUGGAAAAAUUAAGAGUAUUCUAUUUUUGAUGCCCUGUCACUCUACAGCUUAUUACUCCUCCUUGCACCAUAAUCUGCCCAUGCGUUUUCUGGAUUGCUCUCCCAGUCACACUAAGGGCGUCCUAGAUGAGUCGGAUCAAUUCAUGGCAAACCCGGCUGGUUUUGUAUCAGAGAUGUUCCAGCAUAUUUCAUUACCCAGUCACAUUGUAGUAUUUGAUUCUCAAGAAAAAAAAUUGGAAGAGAUUCUUACUCUAUUUUCUUUCAGAGAGGAGAAGAGGUUCUUCCAUGCUCAUUUUAAAGUGGACCGUGAUCUGCAAGCGUCUAUAGCUGUUUAUGUGUUGAAUGCUAGUUGAUGAGUAUACCUUCAUGUUACAGGAGGAAUCUCACCAGAAAUUCUAACUCUUUUGAUGAAUCCAGCUGUUUGCCACUAUUUGUCAAUCAAGGAGCGGAAUCUUAUGAUGUUUUAUUUGAGAUAUUCUGUCUUCAAUCUUUCCCCAGAUGUUAUUCGAAGUCUUUUCCUAAAGGAGACGCUGGAUUCAAACUCAAAAGAGAGAAGCUUGGUGAACUUAAUCAUCCCCAUAAACUUUCAAUUUUUAUCUUGAAUGGUAAAAAACUGGAUUCUUAAGCCACCUUACAAAGGUGCACCACAGCUCAAAAGUCGUGUUAUUUUUGACAAGCAUCUGCUUGUUUGCAAGCUUGCAAUUGGUAAGUCCCUUUCCAGCUAUCAAGAUCUUGUUCCAUUUUGUUUUUAUGCCUAUUUAGUUAGGUUGGCUUUAAUGAUUUUGAACCUGGCUUUUCAUUUCUUAGGCUUUCAUCUUCCACUUCUUUUAUGGCAAGUAGUACUUUUCUAUUAUUAUUUUGGACAUUUUAAAAAGUUCGAUGGUUGAAAUGAAGAAAAUAUUGUGAAUU